GAGAGGAAUACAGAGAGAAGGAGAGAGAGAGAAUCAGCAGUGUGUGCGAGAGGGUGAAGGAUCACUUCUAUCCCGUCUUGUCUUGGGGAGACUAAUCUUGUUCAUCUGAGCAUUGUGGGACUGUUUUAUGUUGUUGUUGUCGAGAGAGACGGACCCUUACUCCAGCAUGCUCACUGAGCCUGAGCUACCUCAGGAGUGUAACAGGAUGUCUUCCAAGCGACCAGCCUCUCCAUAUGGGGGGACAGAUGGAGAGGUAACCAUGGCAACCAGCAGACAGCGAGUGGAAGAUGAAGCGAGCGAGGGAUUGGGCGGUGUCAUCCAUCUCCCCCUGGCCUCUUUUUGUGGCAAGGUGUCCCCUCGCUCGCCCCCCAACCGCAACUUGGACAGCCCCCCCAACAUGGACCAGGAUGGCACUAAGGGGAGCUCUCUUAGUCCUUACCCCCAGCACAAUUCUACCUCACCAGGCAAAGAGGAGGGUGGAGGCGGGGGAUCGGUGACGGGCACCCUGGGGACCCCUGAGAGACGCAAGGGCAGCCUGGCAGACGUGGUGGACACACUGAAACAACGCAAGAUGGAGGAGCUGAUCAAGAACGAGCCAGAAGAGGCCCCCAGCAUUGAGAGGCUGUUGUCGAAGGACUGGAAGGAUAAACUUUUGGCUAUGGGCUCAGGGCACAUCGGAGAAAUUAAAGGUACUGCAGACAGCCUGGCGGAGAAAGAGCGCCAGCUCAUGGGCAUGAUUGGUCAGUUGAGCAGCCUGAGGGAGCAACUCCUGGCGGCCCAUGAGGAGCAGAAGAAGCUGGCUGCCUCACAGAUGGAGAAGCAGAGGCAACAGAUGGAGCUGGCUAAGCAGCAGCAGGACCAGAUUGCCCGACAACAGCAGCAGCUUCUGCAGCAGCAACACAAAAUCAACCUCCUGCAGCAACAAAUCCAGCAGGUCCAGGGUCAACUCCCUCCACUGAUGAUUCCCGUCUUUCCUCCGGACCAGAGGACUCUGGCGGCGGCUGCAGCCCAGCAAGGCUUUCUCAUGCCCCCUGGCUUCAACUACAAGCCUGGCUGCAGUGACCCCUACCCUCUCCAGCUCAUCCCCACAACAAUGGCUGCUGCUGCUGCUGCCACACCAGGCCUAGGACCUCUACAGCUCCAGCAGUUGUACGCAGCUCAGCUGGCAGCCAUGCAGGUUUCCCCGGGGGCCAAGCAGCACGGAGGCAGCCUGCCACCUCAAGCCAACCUGGGCACACACUCGCCACCCACCAACACACACCCACACAGUGACAAGGGCCGCAGCUCCCCGCCACCAAACAAGACCAAGGACAGUGAGGGUGCACAGCCACUGAACCUGUCGGCCAAGCCUAAGGCAUCCGAGAGCAAGUCACCCAACUCCCCCCCAACUUCCCCACAGGUCCCUGCUGCUGCUGCCGCCGCCAAGCUGGGUCCUGCCAGCUCCAUGAAGCACAGCAUCGCCCCCUCCAGCAUCGGAGGACCACCGACCAGAGUCAGCUCAAUAGCAGACUUGUUGUCAUCGCUGUCCUCAACAGCUUACCUGAACGACCACGAAGCGGUGACCAAGGCCUUCGCAGAGGCCCGGCAGAUGAAGGAGCAGCUGAAGAGAGAGCAGCAGGUUUUGGAUGCCAAGGUGGCUGCUGUCAACAACCUCAGCCUCAACAAUGGACGCACGGACAAGGACAAGGCUGCCUUGGAGAGUCUCAGUCAACAACUGAAGCAGCAGGCAGAGGACAAGUUCAGCCAUGCCAUGCUGGACUUCACCAUGAGUGGAGACUCUGAUGGCUCCCCAAGCGUGUCAGACUCCAGAAUAUUUCGGGAGUCUCGUGGUCGUGGCAGCAACGAGCCGCACAUCAAACGGCCGAUGAACGCCUUCAUGGUCUGGGCCAAGGACGAGAGGAGAAAGAUUCUCCAAGCCUUCCCCGACAUGCACAACUCAAACAUCAGCAAGAUCCUCGGCUCACGCUGGAAAGCCAUGACCAAUCUGGAGAAGCAGCCCUACUACGAGGAGCAGGCUCGCCUCAGCAAGCAGCAUCUGGAAAAAUACCCAGACUACAAGUACAAGCCACGGCCCAAGCGCACCUGUCUGGUGGACGGCAAGAAGCUGCGUAUUGGCGAGUACAAGGCCAUCAUGAGGUCCCGCAGACAGGAAAUGAGACAAUAUUUCAGUGUGGGGCAGCAGGGCCAGCUGCCCCUGUCCUCAGCAGGCGUGGUCUACCCAGGUGCCCUGUCCAUGGCGGGAAUGCCCUCCCCCCAAAUGCCCUCGGAGCAUUCAAGCAUGUCCAGCAGCCCCGAACCCAACGCCAACCAUCACCAGAACCCCCACAUGCCCAGCCUGAAGGGGAACGAGCCAUGCAUCAAGGAGGAGGAGCUACGGCUGGAUGACAGCAACGGUGACGUGUACGACGACUUUGACUACGAGGACGAAGAGGCUGAUUACACCAGUGAUAAUGAGAACCAUAUCAACCAAUAGGACAGCGCGAGAGCCACCUACUUGUAAGCCAGUCACAGCUGGUUAACCCCUGAAAAUCCCAAACCCACUAAUCAGGAAAAAAACUUUCUCUUUUGCCAAUCACCUUGAGUCUCAAUCUCACAAUCUCCUGCCACCGUUUCCCCUUCCUGACUAAGAUGGACUCGUUUAACAGAGCCAAACCCCCUCCCACUGGAGUCCUGAUACCAGCAUUUGAUCAAUCAACUGAAGCACAGGACCUGUCACUCACACUGACUGUUAAACAAACUGGAGUCUAGGAGGAACAGAUGACCAGAGACAACUCUGAAGCUUGCUGAGGAAUAUUCAAGUACUACUGCAAGAGUAAUGCCUCGAGUGAGGAGAAGUAAAAAUCACAAUCAGAAAGCAACCUUUUAGAUCCGUUUGUAGAAAAGGAGACAUUUUAAAAUUAAAAACGAAACAGUGGACCUGUCAAAGGCCAACAGAUGACACUUUAAGAUGGCGGACCUGUUUAUUAAGAGACACUUUUAAAAAAACAGCUUUUUUUCUUUGGUUCUAUAAUAUUCUCACUCAGGUACACGGUGCCAAUAAGUGGCUUGUGAAUGUGAUUUGUUGUUUUUGUGCUACAAGUUUGAAUAAUAAUAGAAAAAAAAGAGACAUUUCUUUUUUCCCCAUUUGUUGUAAAGCACCUGAAAGACAUCAGACAUGUUUAUUUUUAACAGAAAGAUAUCUUUUUUCUUGAUCUUGCAGUGUGCUGUCAGCAAUUCCCCCCUUUUUUCUCUGUGUUCUUGUGACUGCCCACUCCACCCCAUUUGGAAUCCAAUGGGACGGUCCAGCCAGGACUGACCAGUGCAGCAUGGACAUCCCACUUUGACUUGAUUUUCAGGGGGAAAAAGGCGAGUCUCUCUGGCAUCACAGAGCAGAAACGAAAGCACUGUGUUGCAAGACAAUCCACCAGUUUUCUUCUCGCUCCAUCCCUUCUAUCUUUUAUCUCGUCCAGGGCAGAACAUCAGUCAGCUCGAAGCAUAGUAUGAUUGUGUGUUGGUGUGUGUUCUGUGUACUCAUUUACUGGACGUUUGCACAUGUGUGCUCUUUUUUUAAGUUUGAAAAAGAAGCUAGUUGUCUAGCCUAGUUGUCCAGGAUACAGAAAGACAGGCAACCCAUGCUGCUGCUGUUGUUUACUGUACCACACACACUCACACACAAACACACAACUAUUGUUCUGUCCCUCUGUGUUUUCCAGCUCCCUCCAAUCAACGUCGUCCUGCUGUCCCCAGAGGGCAGAGCCGAGGUGAAGUCAGCCAGUCAGUGUUUCUGUUUGUAUUUGAAUACUGUAUUUUAUUAUUUCUCUUCAAACUGCCUCUAGUCUAAUAAUAUUAUUAACAAUAAUUAUAAGAAUGGUCAGCGUUUCCUAAGUUUAGUAAGUUAUGUACAGUAUAAUUUAUUUUUCUCCUCUUUAUCGGGUUUUUAUGACCAUAUGAAACUAUGACAGUCAAUGAAACAUUAUUCUAUUUAGCUGUAGGUAUUUAGAUCUAAACAAAAGUUGUCGUUUUACCUUUCUUUGUUUUGCAUUCUUUGUUCCCUUUUUUGACGUGUUCAUUUUGUAUUAAUCCUCCGGAUGGGUGGGCAGGCGGAGUUAGGACAGUGAGCUAGACUGACAGAUUCAAUGCCAGCCCUCCUCCGAGCUGAAGACAUAACCUUUUCAUGUCCACACCCAUUUCUAAAAAGCACUCAGACUCUGUGCAGUCAUAGAAAAAGAAGAACAUGAUUUUUUAAAAUUGUUAUUAUAAUUUUAUUUGUAAUAGUUAUUAUAAUGUAUAAUGUGAAGUUUCCUCUGUUUUAUUUUGUCUUUUUUAUUUUAUUUUAUUAUUAUCAUUUUUUUUGGAAAUCAGUUUUAUCACUUUUGGAAAUUGUUUUCUGUGAACAAAGAGUCCCAUCCCCAUUAACUAAUUUGGCCACCUCACUGAGACACAGUGGAACAUCAUUGGCUUGGAUCCUCACACACAUAUAUACAUGCACAAACACUAUCACUAACAAACACACACACACACACACAUUUGGAAUGAAGAGAUUAUUAUGAUAACCAAACAAAUCCUAUGCUGUCCUUUUUCUGUUUCUUGAAAUCUAGUAUUCUAGAUUUAAAAUCCUGUACAUAUAUUUCGUUUUUGUGAUAGAAGUGAUUUUUAAAUAAUAGAAAAGCAGUGUUUACCAUGAUCCACCAGUGGUGUUCCAGUGUGUGUGUGUGUGUGUGUGUACUUGUGACAGAUGGCCAGGCAUAUCUACAUUAUCUUUAAAGUCACUUCUCAUCAGGAGCCCUUUGCUUUGUUUUAGCUCCACGCAAUGUGACAGGAGCCAUGACUACUCUUCAGGUGUGCUGUCACAUAGUGAUUUCCACAAUCAUUCUUGCUAUACAUAUUCACUACAUGCCACAUAAUGAACCUCUGGGUCUUAAUUUUGCUGUAUAGUCACUGCUAUCACACCAUGGUUCAACCCGAUGCUGGAGAGAGGGGUGCUAAUCGGAUUGAUCCAUUUUUAGGGUAUCAGGUGGGUGGGUGGAUGUGUGUUUGUUGGGGGGGGGUAUAAAGACGUCAAUCAUCCCUGCUGGCAAGGUCUGUCCCCAUAUCAAGACAAUGAAAAUGAUGAUGAUGAUGAUGAUAUUAUUUAAGACAAUCAAUGUCAUGAGUGGAGUUCAAAACAAAGUAAGAAUUAUUACAAAUAAAAAAAAUAUCUUACCAUCUCGACUUGAAAAAUCAAGAAAGAUAAUUAUGUAAAUAUAACAUAGAGUUAUAGAUUUAUAUUUUGUUCAUAACACAGUGUAAUAUAAGUUGUAUAUUUCUUUUUUCUCUCCUUACUGUCUCUUUUAUUGAUGUUAUCCACGCCACAGAAAAGCAGGAGUUGCAGUACUCUCACAAAAAAAAUGAAGAAAAAUAUCAAAGAAAUAAUGAAAAACAGGAAAAAAAAAAAAAAGCCGUGGGCUGCCACCACCAUCUGUUCUAAGUUCACUUUUUUUUCAGUAUUACUGCCAAACAAGGCUCUAAUAAAGACAGCAAUG